ACAGCAGUACACAACUUGUGUGCCCUUCCUUCCGCAGAUCAGAGAUAUCUUGACAUGUAAUCGCUUAGACCAACACAUAUAGACGUCAGAAUGAAAGCUGCAGGUGACGUAAAGGAAACAAUUAUUCUCGUUGUGUAGAAAACUAAUUUUAACCGUGGGUUUGUUACAUCUUGACUAGAGAGCUAGAGUGAAAGGUUUUGCAGACGAAGCUUACGAGCAUGGAUGUCAUCUUCAAGGAAGGGAAGCUGUAUCUUCACGGGGUCAAGUUUGGAAAAAGAACAUGGCGUAAAGUAUGGAUGGUGCUUUUUAAACCCAGCUCCACGGGGGUGGGGCGCUUGGAGUUCUUUACUGUACUUGACAACAAUGCUGCUGCUGACCAGAGGAGGGUCGGUCGGCAGAAAUCAUCCGAAAGGAAAGUGGUGCGUCUAAGCGACUGCCUCAGUGUCGACCCUGCUCCAAAGGAGUCUUGCCCUCCUGGGUGCACCGCCUUCUACUUACACACCACUCAGUGCAGCUACACCCUGGCCUCCGCGACAAGCCAGGACUGGAUAACUGCCCUCUGUCAUCUGGCCUUCCAGAAGGAUCCUGGGGAAUCAGACAAAGGGGCUUUCGAGAGAGGAAACGGCUUGACCAUGGAGGACAACGACCUUUACUCAUGUUGGAAAUCCGAUGUGACCCUUCCUCCAAAUCAGUACCAAGUGACCGUGCAGAGCACAGAGGCAUCCAGGAGGUGCAAGUUGGCUGGGGACUAUCUGGUCUCCCUGGAAAAAGAGGCCGUGAUACUGCUGGCCAUCAAUACUGGUCACAUAUUCUAUCGCUGGCCGUACACGCGCUUACGCAAAUUUGGAUUGGUCGAGGGUGGAUUAUGCAUAGAAGCAGGCCGUCGCUGUGAGUCGGGAGAAGGAGUGUUCACCUUCCUGUCCAGUCAUGGUCCCCAGAUCUUCCAGGUUAUCUCAAAGCAGUGCUCUGUGGAGGGAAGGUCCUCUGUCCAGCCACACAGAAGAUCAUUUUGUGACCUGUCUACUGUCAUCCUCCCAACUACAACCGGCUGGCCCACCACUCCCCCUGCCUACAGUCCCACAGGCCUUUCUGAAGACACAGAGGACGAGUCUGACGACCACUACUCUACUAUCAAUGACCGCCCUGUACUAAAUAUAAGGUCUCUUGCCGAAGCUCAUCUCUCUGUGGGGGAAGACGGUGAGGACGAGGAUGAGCGGUGUCAAUCCCUGGAAGCUGUAAACCUGGAUGAUGUCAUGGAUGGCAACAUUUACUACAACCUAAGGAGAGCCACGCUUCCUCUGAUCAGAAACGACGAGUUCAAACCUGCGAUGGACUCAGAGUGCAUCUAUUCUGACUUGAACAUAGUUGAUUCUCCCUUGAAUCCCCAGCCGCUGCCCUCCUUGCCACCACUCCUUCCGCUUGUUUUCCAGCCUCCUCCCUUCACCCUUCCCCAGUCAGUCCCCUACGCCCCAGCCAAGCCCAGACGCCAGCGCCAGCCCCCCGUAAAUAACUACAUCCAGCCAGGGUACAAUGCACAGGCACAGGCGCUGGAUGACAUGAAGGAGAUGGAGGAGGCCAUCAGCUCCUCCACCCGUGUAACCCCCACAGAGGCCCUUGGCAGUUUUAAACAGAGGCUGGCAGAAAUCAUUUCUAAGGACCUGCCAAAGUUCCAACCACCUCUUCCCUCCGGAGGGGGCAGCCCCACAUUUUCUCAGUAGGCUAUUAGUUAAGAGACAGACCAGGAGGAGCAAUUUUAACCAUGAUAGACUGCCAUAAAGCAGAAUUAGUUUCUUUAUUUCUUUAAAAUCCCCUCUGCUGGGAACACUUGGCAUCAGAAUUUGGCUCGCAGAUGUUUGUAUCUGUUGCAUGAAAAAGGCAUCUGGAAAACGUUUUUUUUUUUUUAUUCUGUGGACCAAUUUUGCAAAAAGAGGAUUCAAGCAGUGUUGGUCUUCACUGCUGGAAUGCUGGUAGAAGCUUUUUAUGUGCUGCAGUAUCUUUUAUGUGACAUUAGCUGAUAAGCUGAAUGAACACUUGACUGUUUCAUUAUGGAAAUAGCUUUGAAAAUAAUAUGUCCUUGUUACAUUCAGUGAGUUAAACAACAUCUUGGGAUUAGCUUUUUGUAUUUCACGUUUUUUCUUCUUCUCCUAAACACUCUUAAAGAGAACAAGUGGGUUUUGUCUCAUGCAAAUCAUACGUUUAGCAGCAACUGUAUUUUGGACAUGGGCGCUUCAGUCUGCUUCACAUGGGAGACAUAUUGACUAACUCAGUACACUGAAAUGUAUUGCUGACCAAAAAAAUGCAAUACACAAAAACAACUUCAAAUGCACACACAUCUUAAGUAUAUCUUUAUUGUAGCAAAACAAUCCUCAAAAUACCCCGUAGCUAUACAUAAAUACCAAAAUAAUUGUUUUUAAUUUAGGCAAAUGUCACUAAUGACACUAAUGUCUUUAGUGAUGAUUCAGGCCAUAAAGUGCAUUUUUUAAAAAGACCUCUGAGAGUUCACCAUGACCUUAGCAAGUAAAAAAAUUCAAGAUUUCAGUCGGUGGUUUUCAUUGGCAGUGCAACAUCUAAGCUAUAUCAAAAAUGACAGGUGAAUA